UCAAGGUAACAAAAAUUCCUUGAUUAUAUUCAUUCAUCUUCAAUAUCCCUUUUAAUCUUUCAUGUUUCAAUCCAUUUAUUUUCACUUCAUUGAUUAAUCAUGUUCAAGUUCAACAAUACAUGGCGCCACAGAACCCUAACCUAUCUCAAGGGAUUAACUUACCAUCAAAAAUCACAAUCCCUAAACCCUAAACCUAAACCUCUUUUCCAACAUUACCCAUUUCCAUUUUCUCUCCAUUUAUGCACCAACGCUUCUGAUUCAACCUCUUUUGCUGUCUCAUACCUCAUUCACAAGUUUGGGUUUGACCCACAAUCUGCUUCCAAACUCUGCUCCACUUACAAGCUCUGUUUUAAGAAUGCCCAAAAACCUGACUCUGUUCUCAACUUCUUUAGGAACCAUGGUUUCUCUGAUUCCCAACUGCACGAUACCAUUGCCAAGAUGCCAGGGCUGCUUUCCUGUAACCCCUCCAAAAGGGUGUUGCCCAAGUUUCAAUUUUUUCUCUCCAAAGGCGCUUCUACCUCUGACAUUGUUAACCUUGUUUGUAAGAACCCUAGAGUCUUGUCUGUAAGCCUCAAGAAUCAAAUAGUCCCAACCUAUGAAUUGGUGUACAGAUUCUUGCAAUCUGACAAGGAAAUUUUGGCAUUAUUGAAUUAUAAUUCAAAUUUAUUUUGUGAUCCUUCUGUGCAAAAUAACAUCACAAUGCUAAUUGAGAAUGGAGUGUCCGACUCAAACAUUAAAAGAUUGCUUAGGGAACAUAGUCGGGCAUUCAAGACACGUGAUAUGUUGAAGUUGGUUAAGGAAUUAAAGGAUUUGGGGUUUAAUCAUUCUAAAACAACUUUUGGAGUAGCAUUGAUAGCGAAAUCAUCAACAACCAAAACCUUGUGGAAAGAGAAAGUUGAUGCCUUGAAGAAAUGGGGUUGGUCGGAUGAAGAUGUUCUUCAAGCAUUUAGAAAGCAGCCUCACUGUAUGAUAACAUCCAUCGAUAAAAUUAAUUUAGUGAUGAGCUUUUGGGUCAAUCAGUUGGGUUGGGAUGCUAUGGCCAUUGCCAAAACACCAGAUAUUUUGUCAUUAAGUUUGGAAAAAAGGAUCAUUCCAAGGGCCACUGUUGUGCAAUUUCUUCUCAAUAAUGGUUUGCGAAAUAAGAAUGCAAGCUUAAUUUAUCCAUUCUUAAGGACUGAAAAGUUGUUUCUUGAUAUGUUUAUAAAACGUUUUAAGAAUGAGUCUUCUUAUCUUAUAAAGUUGUAUGAGGAAAAACUCAAGCUUGCCCACACCAAGGAAAAGACAUGAGUAUCAUGACUAGGUUUUUAGGUCUUUUAGACUUGAUAUGUUAUUAUUGUUCCAUAUUCUAUUUGAAAUUUGUUUGGUACAGAUAGAUUAUGUUUGGAUCUAAUUUAGCUUUGUUUCGUUUGACAAA